GAGAAAAUCAGUUUUGACUGUAAAUAGUCACGUGCCUUUGUGAAAAUUUGCAAAGCAAAGCAAAGCUGAGCUCUUUUUAGUACUUUGUCAACCAUUGAGAUUCACCAGAUUUGUCAGAGCAAAACCUUUGAUUCGCUCUGAAAUCAAGAAAACCUCAUUUGACGACAAAAAAAAGUACACUGACACCAACAAAAACAUGAAUACUCGGCAUUUGGCUGCUCUACUUUCUUCUCUAAUAUCUCAACUCGUCCUUCUCCUUCUCCUCAUUUUCCCUUCUUCAAAUCCACUUUCCAUUACCAAUUCCUCUGUCUACGAUUUCCUUUCCCCUCUUCUCCUUCAUUUUCUUUCUACCUCUGAAAUCGCCGCUACAAUUUCCCUCCUCCCUUUUUCCAAAAAACGAAAACGGACCCACUUGUCAAAACCCGAUGCCCCGGCCGGCGAUGGUCCGACCCGGAAACUCGGUCAACUCGGACGACCCGACUCGUCCAUCCGACGUAACCCGGACACUUUCAAGAAAUUCUUCAAUAUGAACUCCUCAACUUUUGAUUGGCUUUGUGGCCUCUUAGAACCUCUACUCGAGUGCCGUGACCCGGUUGACUCGCCCCUUAAUCUCCCUGCUGAAACUCGCCUUGGAAUCGGGCUUUUUCGAUUGGCUACCGGAGCCAAUUAUUCCGAUAUUUCACGCCAAUUCAGCGUGUCUGAAUCUGUUGCAAAGUUUUGUGCCAAGCAAUUGUGUAGGGUACUUUGCACUAAUUACCGUUUCUGGGUCGGGUUUCCGAAUUCGGGUGAGCUUGAAUCCGUUUCGACUCAGUUUGAAUCCAUUUCGGGCCUGCCCAAUUGCUGUGGAAUCCUCUGUUGUGUAAGAUUCAAGAUUAAUAAUGAAAACACAGCAGCUCAAUUAGUGGUCGAUUCAUCGUCAAGAAUUCUUAGUAUUAUAGCAGGUUUUCGUGGAGAUAAGAAUGAUUUACAAGUCCUAAAGUCAUCAACUUUAUUCCAAGAUAUUGAAAAAGGAACAAUCUUGAAUUCACAAGCUUUGCAUAUAAAUGGUGUAGUUGUACCUCAAUUUUUCAUUGGUGAUGGAAAUUACCCUUUGUUACCUUGGUUAAUGCUACCAUUUGAUGAUCCAAUUUCUCAAUCAAAUGAAGAGAAUUUCAACAAUUCAAUUAAUUUAAUUCGCUCGCGAGGAUUUAAGGCUAUUCAGAGCUUGAGAAAUUGGGGUGUUUUGGAUGAACCAAUUGAGGGAGAAGUUAAAGCUGCAGUGGCUUCUAUUGGUGCUUGUUCAAUACUUCAUAAUAUGUUAUUAUCAAGGGAUGAUUUUUCAGCAUUUUGUGAGGAUUUGAGUGAUGAUUCAUUGCAUAAUCAGAGCUCUUUGAAACCUGGUGUUGGUGAUAGUGUUGCAUGUGCUAUAAGAAGUGCAUUAGCGAUAAAAGCAACAGAGUUUCAAUCACAAAGGCAAUGAUACUUUGUAGAACUUUUUGGUUUCAAGUAUAGGCAAAGAACAUAGAAUUCAUUCAUCUGUUUAACAUUAUUGAAACUUAUACUUCCUUUCUUGAGAUUGUUAGGGCUGUUUUGCAUAUAGUAAAUUCUGGAAAUUGAUGCCCUCUUCUGUUACUUAA